CCAGUGUCUUCAGCUUCUCGAUGUUUCCAUUGGCCAAAAACGCGCUAAGUCUUCUCCCAGUUCGAAGCAUUCAGCAAACAAUGGCAAGGCAGGUCCACCAGAAAAGGACACCUGAUUUCCAUGACAAGGAUGGCAAUGCUAUUUUAGCUAGUGGAGCCACUGUCUGUGUUGCUACAUGGACAUAUACAGGAACGCACAUUGGAAUAGAAUGGGACCUGUCCCCUGUUGGCAGAGUCAACCCAAAGGAAUGGAGAGACUAGUAAUCACCCCAGUUGGUGUGAUAAUGAAUUGUUUCAAAACCAACUCAUAAGUCAUGGCAAGUGAAAGCACUGUGUACCCAUUAAAAUAUGGCAUGAUU